AUGGCUGCCGACCUCAUUAUGCCCACUCUUCCAGGGGAUCAGCACUCGCGUCACUUCUUCCCUCAGCAGCGCCCUACGCAUUCACGCAAUCAGUCGUAUCAGAUCUCAGUUGGUCCUCAAAUCUCUCCAAUCAACACCAAUACGUCUACCAGUCCCGAUUCCAUCUCAUCGGAUCCCACAUCUCCCAGAGCGUAUCAGGGACGGCAAAAUCGGCCCAUGUAUAUGCCUGCGGCUCUGCGCCCCAACUUGUUCCCUUCCAAGACCAGCAGGAUGCCUAUGGACGAUGCUGCUUCUGCCUCCAGCACCGAGUCUGAGAACACUCUAAGACGCACCAACAGCAGCUUGAUAAAUAUUCCUGGCAUGUCUGUCUUUAGUAACAAGCUUGCGCGUGUUUCUACCGGCGACAGCGCCCAGAGCAGCAUCGAUGGUGACUUCGACCUCGAUAUGUUCCCCGAGGUCAAGGACCAGCCUACUCGCAAGCACUGGAAGCCCGAUUCUGAAUCCACCGUCUGUGACGACCCGACUUGCAAGCGAACUUUCAGCUACUUUACUCGCCGCCACCACUGCCGAAAGUGCGGUCACAUCUUCUGCGACUCUCAUUCCACAUACGCCGCUCCUCUCGACCAUGAUGCUAAGUUCAACCCUCGUGCACCUCUUUCCCGAACUUGUCGCCACUGUUGCGAGGAGUUCAAGAGCUGGUACACCCGCAACAGCAGCCGUGCCUCUAGCGCUGCAUCCUCGGAUGCCCCCAACCCUACCCCUUCGACUCCCAUUACUGCCGGCUUUGGAGAUGCCUCCGAUCUACCUCGCGGCCCUGAACUUGCUGCCAGUGUCCCUAGGGAUUGGAACUGGAGCACUUUCUAG